AUAGUCUGUGGUUUCACCCAAGAAGUUAAGAAAGCAAGCAAUGUUUUGUAUGCUUAAAAUAAAAAUAUAGGGAUAUAUAAAUAUAGUUGGACAUUAACUUUUUUAUUAACUGUUUUUAAACAUCGAAUCGAAUCGUAAAAGAUGAAUCGUAAAAGGAAUGUCAGCUUUAUAAGACCGGAUGACCCAGAAUUUUUAAAAGUUCUCAAGAAACAAGCUGGAUAUGAUGUCAAGAAUCAUAAAUUUGAUGAACUCCAAAACGCUGAAGAGGACUUUGUGAAUGAUGAAGAAAGUGAGAAACCACAAGUAGUAGUUCUUAAUAAAGGUGACCUUACUGCAGAAGAAGCAGAGGUAGAACAAAAAAAAAUUGACAAUGCUGAAUCUGAAAUAAAAGCAGAUUUAACUCGCAGAGUUAUAUUCAAAUCUAAAUCAAGUACACAACCACAAACCACUAAAAGGAAAAAGAAAGAAUCUUUCACAAAAGACAGUAAAAAGAUUCGUCCACUGUUGUCUUUUAAUGAUGAAGAUGAAGAUGAUUAAUUCUAAUGUUAAAUAUGUGUGCAGACUGGUUUAUUGAAGAAUGUUCCAUUUGAUAGUUCAGAUUCAUUCACUAAUGUAAUAAAUACAAUAAACAACAUAGCUACCAAAACAACAAGUACAUUAUAGGCUAUAAAAUGUCAAAUUAGAAUAAACUAGAUGAAAUAAGAUGAUUUAUGAAAAAUAAAGACAUAUUUAUAAUAAUG